CCUAGCUCCGCCCUCCGCCUCCUCAGCCUCCUCUCUUCUGAGCUCCACGUGGGUCACUGUCCAUCCUCCUACUGCCACGUUAUCGCCCUACUUGCCCGAUCCAACCUCGGCGCCGACGCACUCAAGGUGCUCGACGAAAUGGCGGAGAGGAGAUGCACUAUUGAAUCCUCGUUUAUUGACUUUUUGUUGAGUUCUUUUGUUAAGUCAGGUGAUCUGAAUAGUUGUUUGCGAUUAGUCAGUAGAGCUGUUGGGUUGAAAAUUAGGAUCGGGACGUAUGCGUUUAAUAACCUUUUGGGCACUCUAAUUAGUAGAAAUCGGGCUCAAGAUGCGAUCUUUUUGUUUAGAGAGCAGUUGGGGUUGCAGAUUUUUGCACCGGAUACGUGUAGCUUUAACAGUGUUAUCAAUGCUUGUUGUAGAGUGGGAGAUGUGGAUGGUGCAUUUGGGUUUUUUAAACGGAUGGGGGAGUUUGGAUGUGUGGCUGAUACGAUUACGCACAAUGUGCUGAUUGAUGGGUUGUGCAAGGCUAAUAUGGUGGAUAGAGGAUGUGAUAUUUUGAGGGGGGUGAGCUUGGAUGGCUCGUGCUUACUGAAUGUGAAGAGUUAUACUUCGGUGAUCUCGGGGUUUUGUAAGUUGGGAAGAAUGGAGGAGGCAAACAAGGUUUUUGAGGAAAUGGUUGAGUCUGGGAUUAAGCCGAGUAGGAUUACUUACAAUGUGCUUAUUGAUGGGUAUGGUAAAGUCUGUGACUUGAAAGCGGCUAAUUUAGUGUAUGAGAGGAUGAGGAUUUGUGGUUGUUCUCCGGAUGUUGUAACAUACACUUCGUUGAUUCAUGGGUAUUGUAGAAGUGGGCAGGUUGAUGAUGCGAUGAGGAUUUUGCAUGAAAUGGGUGGGAAAGAGGUUAGGCCGAAUGCUUACACAUUUUCUAUUAUCAUUGAUUCUUUUUGCAAGAAAAAUAGAUUGAAGGAGGCAAGAGAAAUUUUAAGGGAACUGAAUGGGCGGAAAGAUAUUUUACCCCAUGCUUUUAUUUAUAACCCGGUGAUUGACGGAUUUUGUAAGGCAGGGGAUGUGGAGGAGGCAAAUUCGAUUCUGGGGGAGAUGGAGGAAAGGGGUUGUAGACCUGAUAAGCAUACAUAUACUAUAUUGAUUAUUGGGCAUUGCGUGAGAGGGAGGAUGUCUGAGGCCAUUGGACUUUUCAAUAAAAUGGUGGCUACUGGUUGUGCUCCUGAUAGUAUAGCAGUCAAUAAUUUUGUAUCUCUUCUGUUAAAGGCUGGGAUGCCUAGUGAGGCAAAGAGAAUCGUCGAAAUAGCAUCAGGGAAGAAUAUGGGACUGGAUUUAUCCUUAUCGAAGGAAAUUCCUUCAUUAUUGACGAAAAGAGCAGAUGUUUCAGUUGCUGUAUAGUUUUCUUGAUUUCUUAUUAUGGAGAGGUUGCGAGACAUGAUUUUGUAGACGUAUCAACCUGGUAAAUUGGGGGAUUCUUCAUAUUUUGACACCAUGGCCUUUGCUACAAAUGGAACUGGGUUAUGAUUGGCUUUGGAAAUUUUGGAGGUUGAUCAUUGAACAGUCCAGGGAUUUGGAGUUACAAUGGCAGUGAUGGGUUUCUUCGGUUGCAACAAUUACUUGUUCUGUUUUGGAGUUAUAAUGGUAGUGACGGGUUUCUUUGAUUGCAUCAAUUACUUGUUCUGAGCAGGGCAAUAAAGAUGGCAAUGAGCCAAAAGCUUGGGCACCUCAGAGCCUAAUUGAAAACUGAGGAGAGAGUCCAGAAGAAUUCUUGGCAGUAAAUGUUUUAUUAGAAAAAUUAAGCUCCUCUUCUUGAGAUGAUAAGGCGACACAAACUCGAUGCAUCAAAUAUUUUGUAUCACGUAUCCAUGCCAUGAAAGCAGUCUGUUUUGUGUAGAGUUCGGGAUUUUGCUUACAUGCGCUGAAGGCGAACGAGGAAUGAAACUAAAUGAGUGUAUUGAGAUAAACGUGGAAGAAAAUAUAUGAGAGAAAUUCUUUUUCUUUUC